AUGGCACCUCACGAUAUUAUCAUCGACGAUGAUGAAGAAUGCUGUCCGCUCUGCGUUGAAGAGUUCGAUCUUUCAGACAAGAACUUCCGGCCAUGCCCUUGCGGAUAUCAGGUCUGCCAAUUUUGCUUCAACAACAUCAAAACCAACAUGAACGGCCUGUGUCCGGCAUGUCGAAGGCCAUACGAUGAAAAGACAAUAGAGUGGAAAGUCGUGACACCAGAAGAAGUAGCACAGUUCAAGGCCAACCUACAAAAGAACGCGAAGAAGAAACAAGAGCAGCGACAAAAGGAGGCACAGAAGCGCGAGGUCGAGAGUCUGAACCGAAAGCAUCUAUCUGGGCUCCGGGUCGUGCAGAAAAAUCUCGUCUACGUCGUUGGAUUAAGUCCGAAUGUCGCUGAGAAGGAAAUCCUAGAGACUCUUCGCGGGGACAAAUAUUUUGGCCAGUACGGAAAGAUCAUCAAGAUCGUGGUCAGCAACAAGAAGGAUUCUUCGGCAAGCGGUCAACCUCAGUCCCUCGGUGUGUACGUUACCUUUGCCCGGAAAGAAGACGCCGCGAGAUGCAUAACUGCGGUCAACGGAUCACAAAACGGCGACCGGGUCCUGCGGGCUCAACUGGGAACCACGAAGUACUGCUCGGCUUACUUACGCAACGAGAUCUGUACCAACAAGAACUGCAUGUUCCUCCAUGAACCUGGUGACAAUGAUGAUAGUUAUUCACGGCAAGAUUUGUCUUCAAUCAACAGUGUUAAUACCCAACGUCCCCUUCCGGUCAUGGCAUCUUCCUCCUCCAGUUCUAGGCAGGCUGUCCAAGCACAGGCUCAGGCCCAGGCUCCACUACAAUUAGCACAGCCUGUUGCUGCUGCCGUUCAACCGAUGUUACGGGAUGAGAGCAAAGAUGGAUCUGAUAGCGGCGACGGUUCUGCGCUUCCAACAACUGCAAGCUGGGCCAACCGAGGUGGCGUGCCACAGCCUAGUAGAAGAGGCAGCCAAGCGACAAGUGGGGCAGCUUCCAGCCCAGUUGUCGCGCAGGCUAUGCCUUUAAAAUCAGAGUCUACAGAGGAGCUCCAGCAAGAGGAACCUUCAACAACCUCCAGUGAACUCCCAUCAGCAGCAACUGCAACACAGAAUGAAUCGGUCGGACCAGAACGAGAUCCUGCCUUGGUCGAUCUGCUGAAAGAGAUCAAUUCUUCAAAGGUUUCGUUUACAAGGACGAUUAGCACCGACCAAGGCUCUGAUCCGUUCUCCUCCUUCCCGCCUCUCUUCGACGAACUAGGUGGCCAAAAACGGAAGGCUAUGCGGGAACAGCAGGAAGAGGCAAGACUUUCUCUAGAGCAGGAAUCGCAGGCAGAUAUACAAUCUGUGCAUGAGCCAGUGGAGGAGGAAGCUCCCCAGGGCGGAAGCUUCCAAUUGGGAGGCGAGCCGGAGGACAGAGAUAACAGUCGAGAGGGCAGCCAGCAGCAAAAUUACCAUGCCCAGAGGCGGCCGAGUGCGCAGGCCCCCAUUCAUCGGGGUUCGAAUGGUGGUCUGUUUGGUCCUAACCUGAACUUACCUUUCCAAAAUGUUGGCAGCUUGAGCUCUAUCAACGGACGUCCCUUGACUGCACAUCAACAAAACCAGCUCGCGCUUAUGAAGUCGACUCAAGCUCAGUCUGGCUACAUAGACCAGUACCCACCUGGCAUGGGAAAUUUUAGCCAGGGAGCCGGGCUGUUCCAACAACAAGGCCACAACAGACAGGCAUCUCGGUACGCUUUUGCCAACGAUGGAUCAUCAACAUCUUCAGUCAAACCAUCAGCAAAUUCAAAAUUGAUGGCGCAACAGUCAUCUAUGAUGCCCACCGUCCCACACGGCAACCAAUACGGGGGCUCUAUGGGCUCCAUGCCUGGUCCACCUCCUGGUCUGAAGUCAACUGCCACACCUCCGAUCGGGGGAAUGUUCAGCCAAGCAAACGCAUUCGGCUCUAUGGGUGCCGGCGCAAUCUUUGGUGGUGCUCAGAGGGAGCCCAACGAAUUUCUCCAGCAGAUGUUCCGGGGAGGGAACAGAGGUGGUCAGUCGCAUGAUACAGGCAAGCGUGAGUACAACUUUUCUCCUUCAUUUCUUCAGCAAUACCCAUCUGCCUCCUCCACUCCAGCUCCUGCUUCAGGCUUCCUGGCAUCGCUCUACGGUCCUCAGACUGGAGCAUUCCAAGACUACGGUCAAAAGCAGAAGAAGAAGGGAAAGAAGCACAGACAUGCUAACACUUCCUCCUCUGGGGGAGGUGGCUUAGUCAAUGAUCUUGCAGACCCCAGUAUCUUGCAAGCGAGAAUGCACCAUCAGCAGAGCAGUGCCGGAGUCGGACAGGUGUUUGGUGGUCAGGUUCAAGGUGGGUACAACCAGAACAUGAUGUACAACAACAAUGGGUUUUCCCGGUAUCAAUAG